AAGAAACAGGUCUUGCUAGAUGCUCAUUCAAUAGGUAACAUUUGGCAGAUCAUUACUUCUUCGUUACGAAGCUAUUUCCAAGGAACUUCCACGAAAGACAAGGCCCUUUCUUAUGUUCGUCAGUAUACAGCUGCCCUAUUCGCAAGAACUAGGGUUUCGAGGGAGCCGAGCAAAAGCAACGUUCGUUGUUACUGAAGAAGUCAGUUCAAGAAUAGCCGCAUUAAUAGAUACUCACUCUAUGCCUCACGGAACUCGGAAAAAUCGCUUCAGACAUUCUGUGUUUAAACGUAUUUUUUUGUCAAGCGAGUGAAGCGGUCGAGGCAUGAUAAGGAAAAAAGCAGAGGCGACACUGUCAGUGGGUCAGGCACGGAAAAUCAGAUCGCCGCGUAACCCACCGUUAGAUCUAAAAUGUCUUAAAAAAUAUAUGGUGCCUACAAUCUCGACUCUGCAGAGCGACUGUGGCCUGUGCGGAAAGAUUGGACCCUUUCUUACCUAUUUACACGACUACAACAGGCCGAUUGCUUCCGCUACGUCUCUAUUGAACAGCGUAUGUGAAGUCGCGCAAGGCAACGCCACAAAGUGCCAGGAGUUAGCAAAACGGUAUGUCUUGAGUCGCAAAUUAAGGAAGCUACGAAACUCAAGCGAUGGAAGUUAUAGCAGUGGCGAAGCAAUGUGCCGCAGGUCCGGAUACUGCGACCUUCAAGCAGCCGACAAUGCAGAAACGAUGGACUGCGCGCAAUGCGAAUCAUUCGUACAAUGGGUAGUGGACAUAACCCAGGCAUCCAUAGUACGGUUCCUUAAGCCUGAGGAACGUGUUCAAAAUGCCGUAAAGGAACUCUGCAAUAAUACGUUUGAGUCGCAUGCAGAACUAUGCGCGAACAUACUCGGUGACAUCUACAAAAUGUUCGUUUCGUAUCUCAGGGCGUUCUUCCCCGCAAAGGCUAUAUGCACGUCAAUGAGCUUCUGUUCGGAUACGAAGGCGGUCACAUAUCCACCAUUUGCAGUCCUGUGCCGAAGCAAUGGCGAAAGACAAGAUGUGACACCAUACAAAUAACUCUUCUGAUGAUUGAACCCGCAGUAACUAGUCAAUCAUUACUAUUAUUAGCGAAUUUGCUUUACUAAAUAAAUAUGUGAAUGCA